CUGGCAUGAAAACACGGUUCUCCAGCAGAUAGGACAAUUUCUGUUGGAUACGCAGUUGAACCGAUCAUACGAAGACGGCCAAAUAUUUCAUGGUUGGCAAGAUGGGACUUUUUGUCACUGUCGUGCUCCUAGGGAUGGUGAUUGCAGCGUCAUGCAACGUUUGUCCAAACCGAAACAACUUUGGUAAAGACUGCGCAUACGAGUGCCACUGUUCCGGCAAUCAACCUUGUAAUGAAGAUGGAUCCUGUCCGAAUGGAUGUGCCGACGGCUGGUCGGGGGAGUACUGUCAAAUGGGUAACGCUGCUCAAGGAAAGAAUGCCACACAAAGUUCAACUAUCACCGAUUUCCGAGCGUCACUUGCUGUUGAUGGUAGAACGAGCCAAGCCCGUCCCCACUGCACUUACACGUAUCAAUCUGACCAACCAUGGUGGAUGGUUGAUCUCGGAAGAGACUAUGUUCUCAGUGGUUUGAGGAUAUUUACUUGCAGCAGCUGUGGAGGCCCAGGAAGCUUUAAAAUCUGGAUGAGAAAUUCACCAAGUACGGAUUCGUCAAGUGGCAACCUCUGCUAUCAUUACGCUCCUGGUUAUAUAUCAUCAGGGGCAUCCCCAACAAUAACGUGUACCACCCCGGCCGUUGGCAGAUAUCUGAUCAUCAAACGGAUGGAAACGGACAACUUGGUUUUAUGUGAAGUUAUCACAGAUGCAUUCCAGUUCAGAGCAUGCGAAAACAAACGAUAUGGUCCCAACUGUAACAUCCAAUGCCAGUGUGCCAAUAACAUCUCAUGCGAUGUAUCGACAGGGGUGUGUCCUUCCGGCUGCAAUGAAAAUUACACAGGGCCUUCAUGCAAUUUGCCCCGGGGAAAAGGACUACCGAUGCUAUCAAAGACAGAGUCUACUUCCAAUUCUGUCGCCGUCCAAUGGCCUAAUAUCAGACCCCAUGACAGUGGCAAUGAUACAUGGUCCGUGUCACGGUAUGAGCUGAAAUAUCACCCAGAAAAAUCAACCAACCAGACGAAGACAGUUUCGUUCCCAUCACCAAGAGGAUUAAUCAGUCACAACGUGACUGGUCUGGAACCAUUGACAAACUACAGCUACCAGAUUGGUGCUGUGUACCGCUCCACCAAGACGGGACAGGUGAUAGAAAGCGAGGGGCCUGUCACAACUUUUAAGACGCUGGCGAUGAUUUGGCCUGGUGGUUGUCCGAAACAAAACAACUUUGGUAAACAUUGCGCAUAUGAGUGCCACUGUUCCGGCAAUCAACCUUGUUAUGAAGAUGGAUCCUGUCCGAAUGGAUGUGCCGACGGCUGGUCAGGGUGGUACUGUCAAAGGGGUAAUGCUGCUCGAGGAAAGAAUGCCACACAAAGUUCGACUGUCGGGUACUUCAGAGCGUCACGUGCUGUUGAUGGCGGAAGGAGCCGAUCCCUCUUCUACUGCACUUACACCUAUACAUCAGAUAACGCAUGGUGGAGAGUUGAUCUAGGAAGAGAUCACGUUCUCCUAGGCUUGAGUAUGAUGACUUCAUACACCAUUGAUGACAUAGGACCCCGAUCAAAAAUCUGGAUGAGAGAUACACCAAGUACGGAUUCGUCAAGUGGUAAUCUCUGCUCCCAUCUCCCCCAUGGCCGCUACGUACGAGGGCCAUUACCAUGGUUAAGGUGUUCCACCCCGGCUAUUGGCAGAUAUCUGAUCAUUAAACUCAUGGAGAAAGACAACUUGGUUUUAUGUGAAGUGGUCAUCGAUGCGUUCCAGUUCAGAGAGUGUGAUAACAAACGAUAUGGUCCCAACUGUAACAUCCAAUGCCAGUGUGCCAAUAACGUAUCAUGCGAUGUAUCGACAGGGGUGUGUCCUUCCGGUUGUAAUGAUAAUUACACAGGGCCUUCAUGCAAUCUGCCCCGGGGAAAAGGACUACCUAUUGUAUCCAAGACGGAAUCUACAUCAAAUUCAAUCACCGUCCAAUGGCCUUAUAUAAGACCUCGAGACAGUAUCUAUAAUAAAUGGUCCGUGAAACAGUUUGAGCUAAAGUAUUACCCAGAAGAGUCAACUAACUCGACGAAGACAGUUCAGUUCCCAUCACCAACAAGACUGAUUAGUCACACUGUGACUGGUCUCGAACCAUUGACAAACUACCACUUCCAGAUUGGUGUCAAGUACCGCUCGGUCCCGAAUGGACAGGAGAUUGAAAGCGAGGGGCCGGUCUCAACCUUUAAGACGCUGGCGGUGUGAUUGGGCCUGGUGGUAAUAUCUGUAGUUGGGAGAUAAUUAGGAAUCAGUUUUACCUCUUUAUAAUUGUUAUUGGUGGUUAUGGUAAAGUUCCAUGAAAUAUACUCCAUUUAAUAGUAUCGUAAAUACAUGUAUAAUGAUUAGUGUAGCCGCCUCCAGCAGGCCCUUUGAUUCAAUAAAUUCAAAGAAGAUAUGUUA